CAACAAAUAUGCAAAUGAUUAAAAUGUGGAAAGAAACCUUUAGUUAAUAAUCUCGUCGUACGGUGGUGUGCUUCGUUUCCAGAACAUCAACGAUGCACAUUAAGACGAGUGUCGAGUUUUCGCCGAAAAAGUUCGUCGUUCAUACAUUUUACGGUGAAAAGACUUGCUUCUGCUGGGAGGAGAACAAUCUUGUGAUAUUCCGCUACACGAAUCGCGAUGACAUUUCCGCUGAGGUUCUGACAACUCCAGCUCGGAUAAAGACAAUACAAUGUUUCGGUGAUCGAGCUUUUGUAAUUUGCGUCCCGCGGGGCACUUACAAAAUCUCGAAAGACCGAAAGUUUGCUGUUCUGAGCAGCAGUGCUAUUGGAAUGGGCACUGUAUUUUACGAAACACUGAAACCGAGAGACAAUUAUCUUUACUUGGACAAUAAACAAACAAUGGCACAUAAACUGCUGUUUGAACUGUCUUCCAAUGAAUGUUCGGCGGAUCAGUUGUGCGUUUAUCUAUUAACAGCAGACACUAUUGCAAGACAAUUUAUGACAGCUUUAACGUCCAACGAUUCCAAUGUUGAAAAUUUAUGUAUAAUCGCAGAAGCUCAGAAUGUGUUUGUAUUAUUCAAAGAGACAGUACAAAUAAUCUAUCACACUAUACAUCCGAUUAAGGAUAUAAUACCUGUACAAAAAGAUUCAAGGAUUGCAGGAUUACUUUUUCUCACCAGAUUAGAUGAAAUUAUUUUAAUACGUUCUAAACAUGAUAAACUUGUCUUCGAAAAAAUUUACUUGGGUACACAGAUCGAAACUAUAUGUGCUGGUUUCAGUCAAUUAUUAACAGAUUCAUUAUGGAUCGUUUAUGUCUGUGAAUCUAAAAUGUAUUAUGCGAGAAAGCAAUUAUUAGUUGAAGAUGUUCAACAGAUAAGAGUUCAGGAUAGAAAGUAUGUUUGUUUUCAGUCUUACGAUUCCAAAGAGAUUUUGUGUUUGACACAAGACAAAGAGUUGGUAGAAAUUUCGAUAAGCACGAUAGAAAGAAAAUUAUCAGAGAUAAACGAUACUUCUAUUAAUUUACAUCCUAGUAUGUUAGAUGUUACAUUUAUGAUGGAUAUAUUGUACAAAGAAAGCCAAAAGUUACAUUCCCUGAACGAGAUAUUAACGAUAGAAGAAGACAAGUUAAAAAGGAUAAAUUUAUAUGCUCAUAAAUAUACGGUGCGGUCGUGCCCAAAGAUGACGAUAAAUAGGAUGGCUAAUCAAUUAUACUGGUCAAUAAAUUUCGAAGAUGCCUUACCAAAAGGCAAUAUAGUUGUCUUUAACGUAAAAUUGGGGUAUCAAAACUUUUUUUCUAUGAAAAGAAUAGAGCAACAAACUGCGAUCGAUAUUCACAUACCUGAACAUCUGACAACGCAUCGUUUACAAGUUUCAACAGAUUUAGUAAUCCUCAAAGAAGAAAACUGCCCUUGGUUAGUUAUUAAAAAUUGUAUAAUCAAUUCGGAACAAAGUAAAAAGAAGAAAAAGUCAAAUUUUAUAAAUUCUAAGAUAGCUAUGCUUGAAAAUUUAAUACAGGAAGGGAACAUUACGAUGGACAAACUGUCCGAUAUUAAAAGAUCUGUUAGGAAAGAACUGAAUGAUAUUUAAAAGAACUUAAAAAGAAUUUAAUGUUGAAUUGAUUUUAUUAGAAAUAAAUAUGAUUUUUAUUCAA